UGCCGUUUCCAUGGAUACCACAAACUUACCACGGUGGAGCUGUGGUGGAGCUUUUUUCACACGCGAGCAAAAACCUCAUUUAAACCCACAAAAUUACGGAAAUCAAACAGUUUAACAUCUUGUAGAGGUGUAAGGUAUUUAAAGAAGAAGAAAAACCAGCAAUGUCUUGGAACUGGAAUAGCCAUGGACAACCUUUUUUACCAGGAUACACUUUCCGGGAUGUAACGAAAUCAUCCUUCCAUCGUCCCCAGACAUUGAGCUAUAAGAAUGGCUACGCUCUGCCCCGUCGUCCCACUGUGGGUAUCGGACAGGAUCCCCUUUUAUCAGAGCAGCUGAUCCAGCAGGAGAUCAAUGAGCUGUCCUUUGAGACACCAGACAUUACUUAUGGCUCCUAUGACCAGAGCCUAGUAGAGGACUUCAUCCCAGCUCAUGUGGCCCUUGACAAGAAGGUGCUACGCUUCUAUGCAUACUUUGAGGAAAACGUCCUGUACUCCCCUGAGGAAGACUACCGCAUGCGCCCCGUGGUCAUUUACUACUACCUCGAGGAUGACAGCAUGUGCAUCAUUGAGCCCAGGGUGGAGAAUUCUGGGAUACCGCAGGGGAAACGGCUCAAACGCCAGCGUCUGCCCAAGAAUGAACGAGGAGAUCAUUACCAGUGGAAAGACCUCAACCUUGGCAUGGACCUGGAGGUGUACGGGGUCAAGUACCACAUCACGCAGUGUGACACUUUUACCAAGGAAUUCAUGGACAGUGAGGGCAUUGUUCUGAAUGAGCCUGAGCCCAUGCCUGUGGAUCCUUACAGCAAAUGUCACAAAAACCCUCCGCCUACCUACACAACACCCUCCGAUUGGGACACCAGACAGCGGUUUCUCACCAUGGAUCGUAAGGUGCUGCGUUUCUAUGCCCUGUGGGACGACGCUGACUCCAUGUUCGGGGAGACCAGGCCUGUUACCAUCCAGUAUUUCCUUGUGGAUGACACAGUGGAGAUCAGAGAGGUCCAUAAACUCAACAGUGGCCGAGAUCCUUUCCCUAUCGUGAUGCGCAGGCAGAAGCUGCCCAAGAAAAUCAAGUCUGAGAUGUUUCCCAGCUGUGUGCUGGAGGUUUCAAAAAAGGAAGUGGAUGAGUACUACUCCCCCAAAGACUUCCAGGUGGGUCAAACCAUGAAGAUGCUGAGCCGUCGCUUCCUGGUGUACGACUGCGACGGCUUCACUAAAGAGUAUUACCAGAAGAACCACCCUGACAUGGAGAUAAAACCCCUAGACGUCUCAAAGCAGACUGACACGCUUCAAGAGACGAAGAAGGAACUCCCUCCCUACAAUGGCUUUGGUUCACUUGAAGACUCUCUCCAGAAUUGUUUGCAUUUAAUUCCUGAGCCUCCCAAAAAGAACGUGAUAAAGAUGCUAGAAAAUGACCAAGUGCUGCGCUACUGUGCACGGCUGGACUCCCAGGAUCCCAAAGAUGAGAGCAGACGUUUCAUUCUGUGCUACUACCUGUCCAAUGACAUGAUAAAUAUUUAUGAAAAGCCCUCUCGCAACUCUGGCAUCAUCGGUGGCAAGUUCCUGGAAAAGACACAGAUCCCGAAGCCGGGCUCCUCACCGGAUAAUCCUGAGUUCUACUCACCUGCAGACUUUGCUAUUGGAGCCACUGUAGAGGUUUUCAGCCACCGCUUUGUGUUGACCGAUGCCGACCUCUAUGUGCUGAAGUACCUCGAGUCCAUCUCAAGCCAGAUCCCUUCUCAGACACUCGAGUCUUUGCGUCAGAAGCUGGGUGUAAGAGCCACAAACAACCAGCCAGCUGAGCAAAAUGGUGAUGAUAUGGCAGAGCCAUCUCCAUGAUGUCAGGGAAGGCUGGAUUAAAGUGUUCACUACCACAAAAGGAUGAUUUAAAGCCUUAGCAGAAUGUAUAUAAUUAAUAAACACUGAACCUGUUGCAG